GAAUUAGUAAUAAUAUUUGCUUGUUUGCCUUUGUAUAGCUUAUUCUUCCAACUUGCACAUUUUGCGUUCUUUAUUUUUUUCGCAAAAGUUUUUCUCUUUUUCGCCAUACUUAUAACGAUUUCGUAGCUGUUUCAGUGUUUUGGCAGCCAACAAAGGCGACAUCGAAAUGGGUUGCUGGGCGCUACGAAGGGGGCAGAAAAGUGGGGAAAUCGAUGAGACGACAACUUGUGAUGGAGGUUUGGAUAUAUAUACUUAUCGAGGUAUGGACGCGGUGGAGGCGUCGCCGACGGCGUCGGUGGGACAGUUAAUGGCGACAACGGCGGCGCACGUCUGGGUCUGGAAGCCCCGACUUUGGCGACGGCGAUGCGAUCCGCUGAUGGUAAUGGUGACUCUGGUGACGGUGUCGUCGACCAGACGAAAUCCCGCCAGCAGGCGGUAUCGGAGAAAAAUAGUGGCACACACAGCUAGACGACAGACUCCUUGGGAAUGACAGAGGACCGAAAAAACAAACCAGGACGAAGGACCCCAUCCCCCAGCAGUUGAGUAAAUCAAACCAAUUUCAAAACUCAACUAACCAAGCAGACAAUAACAAAUCACGUCCAACGAAAAGAGGAUGUGAUGGAUGAAGCAUUUACUUAAUGUUUGAAUGACUCGAAACGAGGGGAAGUGUUCUAUUAAAUUGGAAUUAUUUUACAAUAGGAUUUUAGAAAUUAAAGAUUUAGUCAAGCUUUUAAAAACAUUAGUAAACGUAAUGAUCCAAUUUCCUAAACUACAAAAUAA